GAGACAGAGCAGUCUGAUUGGCACAUGUGCGCCGAUUACGUCGAACUAGGGAGGAUAAAUAAAAGCGCCUUUUAGACGAAAAGGACUGGAAACUUCCAUUCACACAGCCGAAGAGCUGCCUGCGAGAAGCGCUUCAUCUAAGAGAAGUCACUUACAGAUAUCUACACAGUUACCUCUUUUAAGUGCACAAGAUUCUGCAGCCAUGUCUGUGAACAUUCAGAUCAACAGCCCUAAUGUGAGGUACACAGAUGCACACAUUGUGGCGCAGUAUCACUACCAGACCACGUCAGCGCACAGAGAGGGCAACAACAUAACGUUGACCCCCCGGACCACUGAGAUGACGUUUCGCACAGAGCGGCGUGUGCCCCGCCUGGGUGUGAUGCUGGUGGGCUGGGGAGGCAACAAUGGGACGACAGUCACAGCAGCCGUACUAGCCAACAAGCUGGGUCUCACCUGGAGAACCAAGAAUGGAGUGAAGAAAGCAAACUACUUCGGCUCCCUCCUGCAGAGUUCUACUGUUUGUGUUGGAUCAGGGCCCGAGGGCGAAGUCAGCGUGCCCUUUCGUGACCUUCUACCCAUGGUGCACCCUAAUGAUAUUGUCUUUGACGGCUGGGAUAUCUCCUCAAUGGAUCUUGGCAGUGCGAUGGAGAGAGCUCAGGUACUUGACUGGUCAUUACAAGAGCAGCUGCGGCCAUAUAUGAGCCGCAUGAAACCCAGACCGUCCAUCUAUAUCCCAGAAUUCAUUGCUGCAAACCAAGAGAAUCGGGCAGACAACGUCCUCACCGGGACCAUGGCAGGGCAGGUGGAGCAGAUCAGAGCUGACAUAAGGGAUUUCCGUCAGUCGAGCGGUGUGGACAAAGUCAUUGUUCUGUGGACCGCCAACACUGAGCGCUUCUGUGAUAUCAUACCGGGGGUCAAUGACAGCGCAAAGAACCUGCUAACUACAAUCCAGGCUGGACACGAGGUUUCUCCAUCCACUCUGUUUGCAGUGGCCAGCAUACUGGAGGACUGUGCCUUCAUCAACGGCUCCCCACAGAACACGUUUGUACCAGGAGCCAUAGAGCUGGCUGUGCAGAAAGGGGUGUUCAUUGGAGGAGACGACUUCAAAUCCGGUCAGACCAAGAUCAAGUCUGUGCUGGUGGACUUUCUGGUCAGCUCAGGUAUCAAGCCGGCCUCCAUUGUCAGCUACAAUCACCUCGGCAACAACGAUGGCAAGAACCUGUCUGCUCCGGAGCAGUUCCGCUCCAAAGAGAUCUCCAAGAGCAACGUGGUGGAUGACAUGGUUGAGUCAAACCGUGUGUUGUACAAGCCUGGAGAAAAACCAGACCACUGUGUGGUGAUUAAGUAUGUCCCCUAUGUGGGAGACAGCAAGCGUGCCAUGGAUGAAUACACUUCGGAAAUAAUGAUGGGAGGGACGAACACUAUCGCACUGCACAACACCUGUGAGGACUCCUUACUCGCCAGCCCAAUCAUCCUGGACCUGGUGAUCCUGACAGAGCUUUGCCAGCGUGUGACUGUCCGGCCCCAGGAGGAGGAGGACUUCCAGUCCUUCCACAGUGUCUUAGCACUGCUCUCCUUCCUUUGCAAGGCCCCCCUGGUCCCAUCAGGGACCCCAGUCAUAAAUGCUUUCUUUCGCCAGAGGGCCUGCAUAGAAAACAUCAUGAGAGCAUGCCUUGGCCUUCCUCCUCAGAACCACAUGCUGCUGGAGUACAAGCUGCAGAAAAGCUUCCUGCCCCCACAUACGCCCUAUACCAAUGGCGACGUGGCUGUUUUGAAAAAAGUUGCCCUUACCAACAGAAACCAUGUGCCGCUAACAAAUGGCAUCUGUGCUUAUGCCGAUGAUGCAGCACAUGAAAUAUGACCGCAAAUACAACACUACAGCCCAAGUCAGAAAUGAUAGAUAAUAGUAUUGUAAAGUUGAUACCUUGUUUGAAAAUCAUCGAUCAAGCAACAACAAACAACAAAAUCAAGUAACACUGGUUUCACAACUUUGCAGAGUCAAUGUGACCUUUAUGUAAGAUUAUCACCACAUCUAGGCCUAAUAAAGAAAGGCAUGGUGCUGCAACAUUUGUAUGAACACGCAGUUCUGUCUGCUGAUAGCUUAGAAAGUCUACAUAAGCCUAUAGAGGGCCUAAAGCUGAUACACGGAGCAACUUUUAGAGCAAUGGUGCUGGGCAAUGUUGCCGUCAAUGGUAAUGGGUAAAGAUUACAUCUGUAAUCCCCUUCCCCCAUCACUAUCCGUUCAAAACUUAAUCAGAUUUUCCACCAGCAAGAUUGCCCAGCAACAUUUCUGAAAAAGUUGCCCCGUGUAUCAUCAGCUUAAGUCGCUCACUUCUGCUUCCACCCCAUGGGGCCUUAUUUCGGUAAAAAUAUGUACGGUAUCCCAUUUGAAUGGUGCCAUGAAUCACGUUAGUCAAUUUAAAAGCUACUUUUGUAAGUCAAGAAAGUCGCAGAUUGUCAUAAAGCAGUAAAGUAACUCACUGAACUAUAUCUCAUCUCGCACAAUAUACGUCACACCAACAAGUUAACACUGUAAUACGAACUGUUUAGCUACUAGCUAGGUAACUUAGCUAUGUUCCAUGCACAAAUGUAUCUCACCUGAUGUGUGAUGUUGCAGGCUAUCGCCAUUGACUACCAAACAUCAGAGUCGGGUUUAUUGUCGGGUACAUUUUCAUACGGUGAAAUUUGCCCUGGUAUAAAGGUGCUGAACAGUACACAAACAUAAUUAUAGAAAAAGUAAAGAGAUCCAAAAUGUACAAGUAUACAAAAAAUAUGCAAAAGAAUAUACAGGAUAUUUGACACAGACUGUGCAAAUAUUCGUAAUAAGAAUUAGUGCAAUGUACACAGUUCAAACCAUUUGUUUUUUUUUCCUGAAAUAAGGCCCCGCGGAAGGGGAGGGACUUAGUAUGAAUCCUCUAUACCAGAGUCAUCUGAGUCUCCACACAGCAUAAUGGUCACUGCAGGCUAUUUUGUUUCAAUGUAUUUUACAGAGCUUUUAUGCAGAAUUAACUGUGUUGAAUAUUUAAAAAAUAAAUACAUUGUUUUAGUUUUUCAUGGUAUUUAUAUCUGUAUUCAUGUGGUUUUUCAUGUGUAAUGUAAAAUACAAUUGUACAGUAAAGUUCUUAAAUGGGUGGAAUAUUUUAAAUGUUUUACCAGCAAAUGUGAUACUGAUCUUGCCGCUGUGAAAAUAAAAUGAAACUAAAUAUAUAUAUAUAAUACAGAAAA